AUGGCCGCGGCGGAGGGAAAACCAUCAAACAAAGAGGAAAUGGAUAAAUUGUACUGGUCCCUUGUGAUGGCACUCCGAAACGGGAAUCGAGAACUGGCUCAUUCGCUACUGAAAGAAGGCGCUCCGGUCAACAACGACCGCCGGGAACCCUACCCUUCUCCGCUUUACUACGCGAUAAUUUCAGGCAACAUUGAAAUGGUAAGAAUGCUGUUAGAAAGAAAAGCUGAUAUUUACUUUAUAAAUAAAUAUGGCGAUCAACCAUUUAAUGCAGCGCUGAAACAAAAUACUGUACCGAUUCUUAAACUUUUUGGAGAGUUUGCCGUUAAUUGUACAUAUAUAACAAGUAAAGAUUUUAUACGGCUGCUUCAUUUCAUGAUGAAAAAAAAAACUAUGCGAAGCUGCGCUGAAAAUUUAAUGGCAAAUCGUCCGGCUCAUAUUGAUUUCGAUCAGGUUCCCUUUAUUGAGAAAACUUUCCACGAAGCUUGCGUCUACGGGUACUUGAGUUUCGUCAGAAUAUUUUUGGACAGUGGCGUCAAUAUCAAUGCAGUGGGAAAAUUCAAAAGUACUAAGGAAUGGAGAACUGCUUUAGGUCUUGCAUGUGAGUAUGGCCAUCAUGGAAUAGUCGAAUUUCUGCUGGACAGAGGAGCUGAGCUAGACGUUGAAUGCACGGGCAUUCCCUUACAAUUGGCCUGUGAGUCAGGCAAUAAAGACAUAGUAGAACUGCUGGUCCAAAAAGGCGUUGAUGUCAACAUAAAAGAUGCCAAUGGACGGGCGGCUGUCGACAUCGCAGCUGAAAAUUCUCACGUGGAUGUUGUGGUCUAUCUGUUGAAAUUCGAAAAUCUCGAGCUAAAGUUCGACCAGAUUAAGUCGAUAAUCGUCGACUUUACGGAAGACAAUAAACCGAUAAUAAUAGAAAGCAUUUUCUCGUUUCUAGAAAAAUUGAGCUGGGAAAAUUGUUUGAAGAACGGAAUAGACAGUAGCGUAAUUGAAAAUUUAAUGAAGCUGCCGUUAAUUUACAAAGCCACUGGUUUCGGUCACGUCGACUGUAUAUCGACUUUGGUUAAAUUUGGGUUCGAUAUAAAUCACAAAAAUGGUGAAGGCAAAACUCCACUGCAUCGGGCUUCUGCAAAUUGCGAUCAUAAGCUUAUACUCAGGCUCCUGCAAUAUGGCGGAGAUAUUUCUGUAACUUGCGACCAGGGUAAAACGCCAUUUGAUUACGUGGUUAAGAAAAAACCAGAGGGAACUAUGAACCGUAGAAUAUUUUACAGACUUGUCCAAGACAACGAGUCUCGUCUUAUUAAAUAUGAUAUCAAUAUUGUCAAUACUUUUGCGCAAUAUUUCAUCAAAAUGAAGUUAUUGAAGCUCGAUGUCAAUGAAAAUAACUAUAGAGACGCUGUAGAAAAUUCUACGACUCCAUUUAAAAAGAUGAAGAAAUAUGAGCAAGAAGUUGAAAGAAUGAAAAAUAAGUUUAUAAGUAAUAUGAGUUUUUACGACAUCGCCAGAGCUCAGCCAAAUCAAAUGAUCUUGUACUUAGAACGUGAUGGUGUUUUUGAGACACUCAAGUCUGAAAAGUACAUGUCUGAGUUUCCCGAGUACGCUGAUGUUAUCAAGGGUAACUUUGAAAGAGUUUAUGUAAAAAGGGAGUUGUUGGAUGAAGCUGACAAGUUGGCGAUUUUUGACGACAUUCGGGCACUUCCUUAUUAUUGCAUGAAGGAAAUUAUUAAACAUUUCAGCAAUGUUGAUUUGCAAGUGUUAAUUUACAGACACAAGUGGUGCAGAAAUUGUAAGCAUGAAAAAGCUGUUGAUGUUGUUAACAGUUUUAAAAAUUAUGCUACGGCACAUCGCCACAAGAGAUUGAAACGAUAG